AAGGAAAGGGCAGAGCAAGAGCGAGAAGCAGCUCCUUUACUCUGAGAAAGCAGCCAGCUGAUCACACAAGAGGCAGAAUGAAAGCCUUCCUCCUCACCAUUGCUGCAGUGCAGAUUCUCCACUGCUCAGGAAUACCGAGCCAAAAGGAUGCUCUGAGAGCGUCUGUUCUAAAACUGAACCAAAUCACCGAGACCAGCAAUCUGUGUGGGAUAACCAUGAGAAGAGUGAAGGAGAUUCAUCACACAGGGAAACUGUCGUACAACAUGGAUUUAACCUUCUCUGUGAAAGAAACUGUCUGCUCCAAGAAUUCUGGACUGGAAUUUGAUGAUCCCAGCUGUCACUUCCGUCCCAAAAAGACUGCAGAGAAAGGUUUGUGCAAAAGCCACAUUGAAUAUUUUGCUGAUGAGGUUGUCAGCAUUGAUGUGGAGUGCAAAGGCUUGAAGAUGGUUGACAGCAACAGUGACUCAUCAGAAUCAAAUGAAAACAGCAAUGAGGUGAAAAAGAAUUCAACAGGAUCAGUCGAGGACUCUCCCAACGAGCAGGAGCAAGGCAAGUCAACAGAAACACUGCUCGAUGUAUCUUCAAAUGAACACCAUGAUUCAAGAGCCCACCACUAACCAGGAAUGAAACUUCUGAAAAGCUGUUUACACAAGAAGACCUCAUUCUGAUGAAAGAUGUAACCAUUGCACAUAACUUGUUCAUUUAUAAGGGUGAAGGGACCGGGCGUUCCUGACUGUAUAUUUUCCUGUA